GUACAUAGGUACAUAGGUAGGUACGUGCCUGUCAAGUGCCCAUUGAUAAACUCGGCCACCAAACAAACACACUCAGACUCCCGACUCCCCCUGCCACACAGCCUUGAUGCAUUCACCCAUCCGCUAACCACCACCAAAAAUCCACGCCUGGGAAGGGAAACGAGCCAUUCCACGCCAGACGUGGGGCGCCGACAGUGGGUGAUUAAAGAAAAAAAAUCCGAGACGUCAUCAUCCGCUAGCGUCAUUGUUGGCUGGCCCCCAGCUUCAGAACGUGGACUUGCUGUGCCUGUCUGUGUGGCCUACCCAAUUCCAAUUAUCUCGCCCACCAACCACCACCACUGCCGCCAGCCAGCCCGUCUGCCAUCGCCAGGCCCUCCCGUCCGUCGUGCCUCCGUCGUCCCUCGCCCCAGCCAGGGCUCCAACGCCCGCCUCAAGCAAGCUCCCGCUCCCACCGUGUCCCACCACCACCUCCACCACCACUCCCUGCCUGCCUCCUCCGCCAAUAUCUGCCACUCGCUCGGCCACGCACCCUCCUUCCACCAUCCUGUCUCGACGUCUGACCAAUGACUCCACACUCAUGUCACCGCCAGACGUCUCGGAACCUUCCUCGCCCCCCGCAUCGGUGAGGUCAAAUGCGCCGCAUACCCCCGGCCACGAUGCAUCCUCUGCUUCCUCUCCGUCCACUGUCUUUGGCACCCCCAAGACUCUUUCCCAGGCUGGCCGCUCCAAAACCGCUCCCCUGGCCUUGAAUCCCCUGUGGACUCCUUCCGUCGAUCGCCCCCAGCUGUCGGAGCGAGACAGUAUCUUUGCAACCACCUACCUUGCCUCCGACAGCCCUGCCUCCUCUCCCCGCUCGCCUGCACAAACAAGACUCUCAAAUGAAAAUGCUUCUGAUCAUGCCACCUCAGACCCGCCCGGUCCAGAGCCUUCCACUCCACGACUGACCAGAAAUCUGUCCGGCCGCCAGCAGCCUCCUUCGCGCUCCAAUUCUCUGCACAAGGAGCAUUCGAGCCUGCUAUCCACCUACUUUAGCUCCGCUGAGAGCAGUUCCAAGACCGGCAUGAGUUCGUACGAUUCCCACGGCAGUCCGCCCCCCUUCAUGAGCCCGGUAGACUCGCCAUUGCAUCGACCCGUCACGCCCCCGCAUCCUGUGCACUUUGCCGCUCCUUUGGAUGAUCCGCUAGUAAAAUCAGAAGAGAGGAUCAAGAACCGCUUGUGGCGCGAAGGCAAAGGAGAACCCUAUCUCCCCCAUAAAGGAACUCCCCAUAAUCUCGUGAGGGAUGGUCAGGUGGAUAAGAAAAUAGAAGCGACGUUAGCAAACAUCGAGCCACCCGCAGCCGCGAGAAGCAGGAAGGCGAGUCAUUAUCUUCGUGUCUUCAAAGAGAAUGAUGCUGCAGAGGAGCAAAAGAAACGUGACGGAAGAACCAAGGAGCGACGUUCCGCCGACAAAACGUUGCCGUCGUUGGCGGGAAGGCCGAGCCGGCUUGAGAAGAGUGCAUUGACGGAGCAAUUGCAAAAUCUUUCCAACCCUUCCUCGGCUGUUCAAACACCAGCCGAUGAAGCCAUUGAGUCGUACUUCGAUCAGAUCCCCAGUCCUAGCCGUGGAGAGAAUACGGCAUUAGUCGAGGCUGAGGAGCCAACAUACAAGCAGAGUAUCCCGCCUAGACUUCUUGAUGAAAUUAGAAAUUAUGGCAAUCUCACUCCCGCUGCUGACCGAGGUUCUUCAUUCUCAAAGAGCUUACCAACCGCUGCCGCAGAGAAGCAGCGGCUCUACAACCUCGGGCAACAGUCAACGCACGCACAAGAACCUCACGAUUACUUUCACUUGGCACUGGAUGACGAUGGCACGCAGAGGGCGCCCGAGUCUGACGAAGAGGACUCUGAAAAGGAGCAAAUUUCCUCAGCUCUUUAUUUUCCCCAUCGCCAGCUGAAGUCAACCGGAGGAGAGAAAAUCCCGCCAGCAGAUCAGAACCGGAGGGCAGAGGCCGAGGUCAUUCGGGAACGCAGCUCAAUAAGUGUUGGUAAGGGAAUGAAUGUACGCGAAAAGGAAGGGGCGGUAAAGACUCCAGAAGAAGUAGAAAUUUCUCUACAGUCACAAGAUACCAAUCAAUGCCUGCAUGGUGACAUCUCAACGAGCUCCUCUCUCCCGCAGAGUGCUAGCGAUCCGCCAGCCUCUCAGCUGAUUGAAAUAACUAAUCCGGCCGAGUUUGGGUACGAGUCGCUGACCGAGUCAUCGCAUUCGUAUGAUGGGUCUGAAUCUAGUGCAGCCGAAGAUCUCAGUACCACACCCAAAGCAAUUCAGUUGAAGCAGAAAACAGACCUUUCGGCAUCUACUCCUCCUCCAGCCCCUUUGGGGGCAGUGGAGCUUAAGCCAUAUGAUCACCAGGUUGGUGGUCACACGACGGUAUACCGCUUCUCUCGACGAGCUGUGUGCAAACAGCUCAACAACCGAGAAAACGAGUUUUACGAAACUGUCGAGCGACAGCACCCAGAAUUGUUGGAGUUCCUACCUAGGUAUAUCGGAGUUCUCAAUGUCACAUAUCGUAAAGCUCCUAAGAAGAAGAAAUCAGACAAGGACAAAGCCAAUCCCGAUACCAGCCUGCAGGGCGAUUCCAAUACAACAUCUGAUCAGCAUCCAAACCAAGCUGAUUCAACUGGGAACCAACAUCGGGUGGUCAGUCACUCACAGCAAAGUACAUCGAUUCCUCAGGUUAUAUUUGAAAACAACAGACACAUCAUUCCGGACAACCUCUUUCGAUUACCACCUCGGUCUUCAACCCCGGAUCCCUGGAACCGAAAUGCAUCGUUUCCUUCACAAUAUCAUCGUAGGAAUCAAAGUGACUUUGGACUUUUAUCCGAACAAAGCCCGACGCGACCUCCCAUGCAUCAGCACAACAGCUGGGGAGUCACCACCAUUAAUCGAAAGCUCCAAGAAGAGGUAUUGCGUCAGGUCUUUGCUCCACCACCCAUCCACCACCGUCACCGUUCUCACCAUCACGGCUUAGCUGCGCGCAUGGUGAGGCCGGAAACUCAAAGUGUCGUGGGGUCCGCGCCAUCCAUGCGCAGGAACAGCACCGAUGUGUCUAAAGUUGCUAUUCAUGAGGAGCAAUCGACCAGGAAAGCAGUACUCAAAGCUGAAGCUCUUCGACAUAGCUCUACUGCAAGUGGGAGUCUCCCAAAUGAGGCUGUCGAUGUUCCAAAGGAAAUGGUCUCCCCGCCCAACGGUACAUCAAGGCGCCGUCAUUCCGGCGGUGGACUCACCCGAAGGCCGUUCGGGGUGGAUUCUGACCAGAGGACUGAUCUAGAGUUUUAUGAGGAAGAUGGCUACAAGGGCGAUGGCGAAGAGGAGGUGUUUGCUAUGGACGACGAUCACAAAGCUGAAGAUUUGGGGGACCCGGCCCAUAUGAAGCAGCAACACUCUGCCAUUGAGCCAAUGGAUCUGCCAGCUCCUGUGACUCCGAGGCCAAAAAGCCAAUCAGACAGUCAAUCCCCCGCGAACCCUAAAGAAGCCCAGCAACAGCCUGACGAGCGAGUGCAGCACUUUCUCCUGCUCGAAGACCUCACAGCCGGUAUGGUUAAGCCUUGCGUCUUAGACCUCAAAAUGGGGACGCGCCAGUACGGCAUUGAGGCAGACGAGAAAAAGCAGCGUUCUCAGCGCCGAAAAUGCCAGAUGACUACCAGCCGUGAGCUUGGUGUGCGAGUUUGUGGCAUGCAAAUUUGGAACGUUAAAACACAGAGCUAUGUAUUUGAAGAUAAGUAUUAUGGACGUGAUCUGAAAGCCGGCAAGGAAUUUCAAGACGCCUUGAAGCGCUUCUUCUGGGAUGGUACAGGGUAUAAAGCUGCUCUUCGACACAUACCUAUCAUACUAGAAAAGAUCAGUGCCUUGGAGAACAUGAUUCGGCAUCUUCCUGGGUAUCGCUUCUACGCUAGUAGUCUACUUAUGCUGUACGACCGUGGCGAUGGCGAUCCUAAGGAGAAGGAGAAACAAGUGCUUGCGACAGAGUCAGCAAACUCCAAUACUGGGUCCGGUGGGACUAUUUCCAAUACAACUUCCAAAAACUUCUCGGAGAUUAAGCUUAAAAUAGUUGAUUUUGCCAACUGUGUCACGGCCGAAGACCCGCUACCCGCGUCGGUGCCUUGCCCGCCACGAGAUCCGGAUGGUGUUGACCGUGGCUAUCUAAGGGGUUUGCGGACAUUGCGGCUCUACUUUCAGCGCAUUUGGCGCGACAUCAACGAGAAAGAUUGGGUCGAACGAGGUGAAGGCGAAGGUAUGGCAAGGGACGAUAACAAUGGAUCGGGACUUCGAGAUACUGGACCCGGAUGGAUGGAGCAUGACGGCAGUCACGAAGACAACGGAUACGUCAGCAUCUAAUGAAGGCAUGACGAGAAUCAAUUCUACC